AUGGCAGAAGCAGCCGGAUUUACUCCGCCGUCGAUGGAUUGGCAAGCCGCAGAUUUACCUGAUGAAUUCGAGCGGUUCCAACAAUACUGCCUUCUAGUUUUCCAAGGGCCCUUUUCCGACAAGUCCGACAAGGAAAAGGUCGCCUAUGUCAUGCUAUGGAUCGGGAGAACUGGUGUUGAUGCUUUCAAUAGUUUCGAGUGGGAUAAUGCAAGCGACAAAUCCAAAGUAGCUGCCGUCUUCAAGAAAUUUAAUAAGCAUUUGCAGCCACGGGUAAAUGCACGACUGGCUCGGGUUGAGCUUCAGAAAUACCACCAGCAACCCGACCAGUCAGUAGAUGAUUUCUUUGCGAGGUGUAAGAAGAAGACGUCCAAGUGCAAGUUUAGGGACGCUCAGGAGACUAACGAUCGCCUGAUAGAACAGCUAAUCGUGGGGACGAAGCACACGAAAGUGCAAGAACGCCUGCUGGAGGGUGGUAGUGAUUUGACUCUGGACGAAGCGCUUGACAAGGCCCGUACUUAUGAAGCAACACAGCGCCACAUGGAGCAGCUGUCUACCGCCACCAGCAGCAGCCGUCUACCUGAAACGGUUCACGCCAUUUCCAAAUCUGUGGGACACGCAGACUGCGGCAAAUGUGGACGAACCCACCACCCAAGCAAGUGCCCAGCGCAUGGCUCCACCUGUAAAAAAUGCGGGAAGGCGAAUCACUGGGCAAACGUAUGCCGUUCGCAGGGGAGAGACGAGGCACAUGGAAGGGGCCAGCAACGCGGACGCUGGCGCCAGAGGAGCCCCAGCCCGCGGGAGCGCUACCCCCAGAGGAGCCCCAGCCCACGGAGACGCUUCGACGCACUGCAUUUCGACGCCGUCAUCAUCGACAGCGUCGAGCGUCACCAACCGCCACUAGAGCGAGAGGUGUUCGCGACCCUCAAUGUCAGCCUGGACAACACCAACAGACCGGCCACCUUGAGAGCCAAGGUGGAUACGGGCGCCCAGGGCAAUAUAUUGCCGCUGAGAGUGUUCUGCCAAAUGUUUCCCCAGCACGUCGGACCAAACGGAUACCAAAAGCCGAAGUCCGUGAAGCCGUCAAGUACCACCCUCACAGUGUACGGCGGAUCCAAGAUAAAGCAAUGCGGAACCCGUCCUAUUCCGUGCUCUUACGAUGGCAAGAGUCAACUCGCUGACUUCUACAUCACGGACUGCCCUGGCACUGCUAUCAUCGGCCUCCCGACAGCGACAGCCCUGCAGUUAGUCACGCUGAACUGCGCUGUCCAGGAGAAGCCAGCGAGCAUCCGACACAAGGACGACCUGAUGAAGCAAUACCCGAAGUGCUUCGAUGGCAUUGGGAAAUUCCCAGGCAAGUACCACAUCACAGUGGACCCCAACGUCGUCCCGGUUGUACACCCUCCACGCCACCUCCACGCCAUCGCACUGAGAGACGAGAUCAAGACGGAGCUGGAGGACAUGAUCCAGAACGGCAUCAUCACCAAGAUCCAGGAAGGCGAACCAACAGCAUGGGUGAACAGCCUCGUGUUCCGCCUCAAAGACAAUGGCAAGCUACGCCUGUGCCUAGACCCCAAGGACCUCAAUCACGCCAUCCUGCGAGAGCACCACGUGGUCUCCACCAUUGAGGAGAUCACCCCGAAGUUGAGAGGUGCCAAAGUGUUCUCGAUCGUCGACGUCAAAUGUGGGUACUGGAAUGUGGAGCUCGACGACGAAUCCAGUUACCUCACCACCUUCAACACACCAUUCGGGCGCUACAGAUUCCUUCGCAUGCCAUUCGGCCUCAAGAUGUCGCAAGAUGCCUUCCAAGCAAGGAUCGACCAGACGUUCGAAGGGUGCUCAGGCGUCACCGGCAUCGCAGAUGACAUCGUCACAUACGGGACGUCAGACGAGGACCAUGAUCUCAACAUGCACCAGAUGAUGGUUCGCUGCGAACAAUCUGGUCUCAAGUUAAACCCAGACAAAUGCCGCAUCAAAGAGGACAAGAUCAAGUUCUUCGGCAUCAUCUGCAGCGCUGACGGAAUACAGCCCGACCCGAAGAAGGUCUCAGCGCUGAAGCAGAUGGAGCACCCCGAGAACGAGGACGAGCUCCAGACGUUCCUCGGGCUAGUCACGUACAUGAGCCCGUUCAUACCGAAUGCCAGCACACUCACCGCGCACCUGCGUGAGCUGACCAAGCCAGAUACACCGUUCGCCUGGACAGACAGCCACCAGCGCACCUUCGACAAGGUCAAGGCCGCCAUUUCGACAGAAGUAACGCUCAGUUACUUUGACCCAGGCAAGGCAACGACACUACAAGUCGACGCUUCCAUGAAAGGUCUCGGCGCCACUCUGCUGCAGGACGACAAGCCUGUUGCAUUCGCCAGCAAGAAGCUUACCGAGACGGAGUCUCGCUACGCCAAUAUUGAGCGUGAGCUCUUAGCUGUCGUAUACGGGUGUGAAAGAUUCCACACCUACCUAUUCGGUCAGUCAUUCACAGUAGAAUCCGACCACAAGCCGCUGGAGUCAAUCAAACUCAAGCACCUCCGCGCAGCCCCGCUGUAA